UUUCCUUGUUGAUCAUGGCUGACUCAAAUUAUGUUGAUAGGGAGAAGCAAAAGCAAGCAGACAAUGAUAUCAAGGACAUGAUCUCUUCUCUGACUAAACGUCUAACCGGCCUCCAACGCGUGCACAAGGCAACAUCAGGAGGAGACUCAGGCCAGAAUCUUCAAGGUGAUGAUGAAGAUGAUCAUGGCACCAGAAUCAUCACUCUAGCUGGAACCAAUGUGGGAGCCAGCAUGCGCGGUGAGAUGGAUGAGAAAGCUGGGAUCGAAGGCGUUUCACCAGGGGAAAAUGAGGCCUUAAAAACAUAUGUGAACAGCAAUUUCCAGUCCAUCAACAAUUCCAUCAUGAUGGGUGGUAGCUAUUGUACUAAUGACCCUGGUGUUCAUUUGGACAUCACUGAUCAUGUGGAUGAACAAGUCCCAAAACCACAAGGAUAUAAAAACAAGAAAGGCAAGAAAAGUGACCAUCACUAUGAACAUUCAGAAUAGACUUAUAUUCAUAAUCAAGAAGCUGCUAAAAAAUUUCAAACCAAUACUCUAUAUAUGAAUAAACACCAUAGCUUAGUUGAGUUCUGUGUGUUUCCUUCUAUUUUCAAUGUCUCUUUGUCUCUUGGCAGUGGCGAUUACGGCCAUUCGACUAGAGACUUAGUAUUGAUGCUUGUCAUGAUAUAUCAGAAAAGCAAAUGUUACAUUUGUAUUAUCUUAAAUAAUCACAACAUCUUCUGCUGUUUUCUCA